GUAUUCGUUUCCAGUCCUCAGCUUGGAAGAAGCGUUGUCGUGCAUUCCCCCACCAGUAACAUAUUCUCCGAAAUGUACUAAAUCGAAGACCACUACAAAGGUUAAUGGUGUCCCGCCGACAAGUGUGCAACUUUGGGACGACUUUUUCGAUAGAGUGACUUCGAUCAACAACCGAGAUCAUGUCAACUGAUCUUGAAUUAUCAAAACAACGUAUCACUGAACUUGAGGUUGAGAAUGUAGAUCUUAGAAGAAAGAUCUCAGAGUUUGAUGCUGAGAUAGCUGAAUUUAAGCGCAGGAUUUCUGAGGCUCUAAGAAUGACUGAGGAAGAGAGAACGAGGCGUGAUGCCGAGAAUGCUAAACUCAAGGCAAGAAUCGAGGAGUUGAAAUCUGAGAAUGUUGAGUUUAGAGAUAGACUCACGAAAGUGGAACAGAAUCAGUUGCAAAAUGACUCAAAUGGAAAUGAUACUCCUACAAUAACUCAUCUAACUUCAAUUCGGGUGUAGACCACCAUGAGAAGUCAUCGCAGAAAGAAGAGGUGGAUAAUUUCUUGGACGAGGCGUAUAAGAAAAGCAUUAGCGAUGGUAUUAG